AUGAACAGAACUGAAGAAGUCGAACAGCCUCGAUGGUACGUUUUGCAUGCUUAUUCCGGACAUGAAGGUCGGGUGAAGCAGAACCUUGAGCAGCGCGUAUCCAAUAUGGAUAUGGGUGACAAGAUUCUCGAGGUUUUCGUUCCACAGGAAGAGGAAAUCGAGAUUCAAGGUGGGCAGCGCAAGACGGUUUCACAGCGUGUGUUCCCCGGUUACAUUUUUGUGCAUAUGCGGAUGGAUGACGAAAGUUGGCAUGUCGUCCGGAGCACGCCGGGCGUUACGGGGUUCGUAUCGGCAGAGGACGAUGGUGAAGCGCGACCGAGACCCGUCCCGCUCGAUGAGCGCGAAGAGCAGACCAUACUCGGUUUCAAAGAUACCGAACAGCCUCGCGUGCGUGUAGGCUUCACCCAGGGCCAGGCGGUCCGUAUUACGGAUGGACCGUUCGUCGACUUUAUGGGAGUAGUCGAUGAGGUGCAUGCCGACAGAACUAAGCUUAAAGUGCUGGUCUCUUUCUUCGGUCGAGAAACACCCGUAGAGCUAGACUUUCUCCAGGUGGAACGAGCCUAG